AUGGCACAGUCCCGCGACGGGCCUAGCAGCCCUGCCAAUGCGCCUGAGAGUCACGGUCAAGACACUAAAGUCGCCAUCAAAGAGCUCCAACAACAAGUACAGCAGCAAAAACAACAAGAGCAAGCCGACAAGGACUUUCAAAAGGGCUGUCUGUCCUCUCUUGUGCUCAUUCCCACGAUUCGCAAUGCCACAGAGUACAGCCGUCCAACAAAAUGGGCACUGACAGUCCUCGUUGCGCUGGCCGCUCUGUCUGCGCCGCUAGGUAGCAACAUUUUACUUCCCGUCCUCAAACCCAUUUCCGAAUACUUUGACACCUCCCACACCGUCGUCAACCUCUGCAUCGCCCUCUACGCCCUCGCCGUCGCCAUUACCCCGCUGUGGUGGUCCAGCAUGGCCGAGACGUACGGCCGCCGCACCGUCUACCUGGUGACUUUUUUGCUGCUCGCCGUCUUCAACGUUCUCUGCGCCGUCAGCUCCAGCAUCGGCAUGUUCAUCGCCAUGCGUCUGCUCGCGGGCGGGGCGUGCGCCUCUGUCCAGGCCGUCGGCGCCGGCACCGUCGCCGAUUUGUGGGAGCCGCAGGACCGCGGCAAGGCCAUGGGCAUCUUCUCCCUGGGUCCCAUGCUCGGACCGCUGACGGCGCCGAUUGUCGGGGCGGCUCUCGAUAGUCGCUGGGGCUGGCGCAGCACGCAGUGGUUCCUCGUCAUCUACGGCGUGGCUGUCUGGGCCGCCAUGGUGGUGUUGCUGCCGGAGACGUCGACAAAGUACAAGCUGGGCGUGAAGCCUCCUGUGGCGGUUGAUGAAAAGCAGCAGCAGGACAACAAGAACAGUAGUGCCGCGCGCAAUGCCAAGGCUUUAGUAGGCGUUCUCGUCAGCCCCAUGCUGUCGGUGCGGCUGCUGCGCUACGUGCCGAUCCUCAUUGUCGUGUACUACACGAGCAUCACCUUUGCAAGCAACUACCUGCUCAACAUAUCCGUGCAAGGGGUCUUUUCGCGACCUCCGUACGACUGGCCCGUCAUGAUUGUCGGCCUGACUUAUAUCCCCAGCUCCGUGGGCGCGGCGGCGGGCGCCAUCCUCGGCGGCCGCUGGACAGAUCACUGCAUGAAGCGGGGUGCAAAGAGGCAUGGUCGCGUAGACGCCGCCACGGGGAAGCCCAUCUAUCAUCCGCAGGAUCGGAUAAGUGAGAAUUUCUGGGUUGCUGCCAUCAUGUACCCCGCCGCCCUGCUAUGGUACGGAUGGACGGUGCGUGAGAAUGUAUUCUGGAUCGUACCGCUCAUUGCAAAUUUCUUCUUUGGCUUUGGCUUCAUGCUCAUUUCCAGCGUCACCAUGACCGUCAUGACCGAGUUUGUCCCCGGCUCGACAACCACUGGCGUGGCCGUCACCAACCUCGUCCGCAACACGUUGGGCUGCGUGGCUGCCGUCAUUGCUGAUCCGUUGAUCCACGCCAUUGGUAACGGAUGGACUUUUACCAUGGCCUUUUUUGUAUGUAUUCUCAGCGGCGCUCUCAUGGUCUUUAUGAAGCGCAACUGGGAGCAUUGGAAGAAGGAGAUGGAGGCGAUUCGGAACAUGAAGUAG